GUAAAAUCGUAAUUUUAUCUAACGGAGCGGCAGAAUGGAGAUCUGCGGUCUUGUGACUGAGAAAAAUGAACCAGUGCCUCUGAAGAGCAUCUCAGUGGAGGUUCUGGUUCAGGAUCAUGUAGCCACAGUCUCCUCCACUCUGCAGUAUGUGAAUGAGGAAGAGCGCCCCCUGGAGGCCUUGUUCGUCUUCCCUCUGCCUGCUGAUGCUGCUGUCUGCCACUUCAGUGCCAAGAUCGGAGAGCAGGAGAUUGUGGCAGAAGUGCAGGACAGAGAAACCGCGAGGGAUCGGUAUGAUGACGCUGUGAGUUCGGGUCAGCAGGCGUUUCUGUUGGAAGAGAGCACAGAGAGUCCUGAUGUGUUCAGACUGAGUGUCGGGUGUCUGUCGGCGGGUCAGAACGCUGCCGUCACCAUCAUCUACGUCACCGAGCUCGCUGUGCAGGCCGACCACUCGCUGCGCUUCUGUCUGCCGGCUGUACUCAACCCCCGAUACACACCAGCAGGUUCAGCUGCUGGUAUAGUCUCAGAGAUUUCAUCAGGAGCUGUUCCCUACACGCUGACUCUCAGUCUGUUCAUCUUCACUGAUGGAGAGGUGGGAAACACUAAAGAGGUGCUGGAUCUGGUGAAAAGUCACACUCACUCUCACAGUGGUCAUGAUAAGUUUGUACCCAAAGUUCCCAGAGGAAGUGAUGUCAUCAUUGGCAUCUCGAGGCGAAGUUCAGGAGGCCCUGAGGGAACAGUGACAGUCAAAUACAGUCUUAAAGAUCAACCAGUAACAAACCAGCUCCACUUCUGCCUCAAACCAACAGAGAAAACACAGUUGUCUAUUCACCGGCUGGUGGCUCGGACCCUGAUCCGUUCUCUGGAGCAGAAGGAGAGGUCAGGUGCUGCAGAUGUUGAGGGCAUCAGGAGCAGGAUCGUGGAGCUCAGUGUUCAGGCAGGAGUGAGCUGUGUUCAUACAGCCUUCAUUGCUGUUAAUAAAGACAGCAGACAGACUGUGAAAGGACCCCUGAAGCAGAGAAGAGUGCCGACACGCGUCUGCCCAUUCUGGUAUAAAUUAUUGCUUUCUCUUCAGCUGUUCGUCUUCACUGAUGGAGAGGUGGGAAACACUAAAGAGGUGCUGGAUCUGGUGAAAAGUCACACUCACUCUCACAGGUGUUUCUCAUUGGGGAUUGGUGAGGGUGCGAGUGCCGCCCUCAUCACAGGAAUGGCCAGGGAGGGAUCUGGUCACGCUCAGUUCAUCACAGACACCGACCGCAUGCAGCCCAAAGUGAUGCAGUCGCUCAGGUUUGCGCUGCAGCCCGCUGUGCUUAAUAUCUCUGUGGAUUGGACCCUUCCAGAUGAUGUUACUGUUGACACACUGUCUCCACCCAUCAAUGUGCUCUUCCAGGGUCAAAGGACACUCAUUUAUGCCCAACUUAAAGGAGAGAGUUCAGGAGGCCCUGAGGGAACAGUGACAGUCAAAUACAGUCUUAAAGAUCAACCAGUAACAAACCAGCUCCACUUCUGCCUCAAACCAACAGAGAAAACACAGUUGUCUAUUCACCGGCUGGUGGCUCGGACCCUGAUCCGUUCUCUGGAGCAGAAGGAGAGGUCAGGUGCUGCAGAUGUUGAGGGCAUCAGGAGCAGGAUGGUGGAGCUCAGUGUUCAGGCAGGAGUGAGCAGUGUUCAUACAGCCUUCAUUGCUGUUAAUAAAGACAGCAGACAGACUGUGAAAGGACCCCUGCUGCAGAGAAGAGUACGGACACGCGAGCGCGGUAUGCUAAUGUAUAGGUCAAUGAGGGCUGAGAGGAACAAAAUACGUAGCCUGUUACUGCCAGAGAAGCUGUGUCGAGAAGGGUCUCGUGAUCUUGAUUCCCAAAGAGACAAGAGGGCUGCUUAUGAUGAAAGAGACCGCUGUUCUGCAUCAUUGGCAAUAAAGGAAACCCAGAAGGACCCUUUACUGCAGCUGGUUUCUCUGCAAAAGGCAUCAGGCUGCUGGGAUCUGGACGCCACACUGGCUGAUGUGUUUGGGAAGACGGAGGAUGAGCUGACCAAUCAGAAACCAGCACAGGUGGAUGGGUCAGUAUGGGCCACUCUCCUGGCUCUGAUCUGGUUAUACGGCUGUAAAAUAGAGCAGCAGGUGGAGUGGCAGUUUGUGGCCAUGAAGGCAGCGUCAUGGAUCGGCUCUCAGAAAGUGGGAGAUCUGUCUCAGUGUGUGUGUUUGGGGAAUGUCCUGCUCGGAUGUCAGGUGACCAAAGAGACUCUGGGAAUCUGCUCUGAAGAAAGAGCGCAGCCUCCGCCACCACUUCUUGCUCUUUCUUUUCUCCUUCACUCUCUCUGCCUCCUUCCUCUCCUUCUCCUCCUCCUCUCCUCCUUCCUCUCCUCCUACCUCUUCUCCUACUCCUUCCUCUCCUCCUACUCCUCCUCCAGCACCAACAGGGGUCUCAUCGCGGGGAUGAGGAUGUUGAAACGCCGUGUUGGUGCUGGGUUUUGGGGGUGUACUAAGAUGUUGAUCGUACACCUCGCCAACCGUCAUCGGACUCACUUUAGUACCUCGCUGUCCCAUCGCUGUGAAAACUCACUGACCACUACAACAAACCCACAAAGAAUUGUGUGUGUGUGUGUGUGUUCAGCUGAUCCUGAGCCCCCAAAGGACACUUUUCUCCAGCUGGUUUCUCUCCAAACGGCGUCAGGCUGCUGGGAUCUGGACGCCACACUGGCUGAUGUGUUUGGGAAGACGGAGGAUGAGCUGACCAAUCAGAAACCAGCACAGGUGGAUGGGUCAGUAUGGGCCACUCUCCUGGCUCUGAUCUGGUUAUACGGCUGUAAAAUAGAGCAGCAGGUGGAGUGGCAGUUUGUGGCCAUGAAGGCAGCGUCAUGGAUCGGCUCUCAGAAAGUGGGAGAUCUGUCUCAGUGUGUGUGUGGGGGGAAUGUCCUGCUCGGAUGUCAGGUGACCAAAGAGACUCUGGGAAUCUGAAGACGUCAGUGUUUCUACAUCCUGAUCCGUCAGAAGGCCAAAGAACAGAUACUGUUUCAUUUAUCGUUAAUCCGUUACUUGUUUCAUAACAUUUAGUCCAUUUUUAUUUGCUCAAAUCUACAGUAAAUUCUAAAUAUGUGUGACCUGCACCAUUUGAGUUUUAUCUACUAAAGUAAAAAAAUAUAAAUAUAUAGCCUGGGUAGAGUGGAAC